AUGCGGGUUGACGCUUCCGCAAUCAUCCAGGAUCAGGAGCAGACAGAAUCAGCAAAGCCGGUGGACAAGGAUGGGCUGUACGCCUGCAUACCGCCCACGCUGGACCUGCGCGAGUCCCCGAAGAGCGGUCGAGGAUUGUACGUGAAGGUGGCUAUCCGACGAGGCUCAUCGCUGCUCUCCACUCGCCCGCACGUCUCCGUUCUCUCUACCCCGUACCUAUCCUCCCACUGCUCCUCGUGCGCCGCACCGGCAUCCCCUGAGCGUCCUCAGUUGAAACGAUGCGCCAAGUGUCACGUUGUCCACUACUGUAGCCAGAAAUGCCAAAACGCCGACUGGAAAGCGCACAAGCCCGAAUGCGACGCCCUCCAGCGAUGGGCCACCGCCGCGCCGUCCCCAGACCUCGCGGUGCCCGAAGAAGCCGUGCGAUGCCUCGGCAGAAUGCUCUGGCAGAAACAGCGCAACCCGUCGAGCAUCUGGUCGAGAGAGAUCGACAGCAUGCAAUCCCACAGAUCGUCUCUCCGCCCCGAGUCCUUCGAAUCGCACGCUUACCUCGCCCACGCGCUCGUGCGCUACCUCGGCCUCGACGCCCCCGAAAAGCUCGCGUCCUUCGGCCUCCGCUCCGCGGGCGACGUCGUCGACCUCAUCUCACGCUUCACGACGAACGCGAUCACCCUCGCCGCGCCCUCGCUCACCCCGCUCGGCGUCUCCGUCUCGCCCGCCGUCGCGCUCGUCAACCACUCGUGCGCCCCGAACGCCGUCGUCGUCUUCCCGCGCGUGUCCAAGACCGUCGACCAAGAGCCGGUGAUGCAAGUCAUCGCGCUGCGGGACAUUCACCCCGACGAAGAGGUCACGACGGCGUACAUCGACACGACCGUCCCGCGCGAGCAACGCCAGAAGAUACUGCGGGACACGUACCACUUUACCUGCUCUUGCUCUCUCUGCGCGGCUGAAGACCCGGACCCACGCGAAUCGAUCUGGUGUCCGAAGCGAUGCGGCGGGACGUGCUCAUUCCCGACCGAAGCGGUCCCGCUGCCCCGCUGCCUCAAGUGCAAAGCGGCCUUCCCGUCCACCGGCGCGAUCGCGGACGCCAUCCGCGUCGGCCAGGAGGCGCUCGACAAAGCGACGUCCCUGCAGUUCUCCGAUCCCUCCCGCGCGCUGCACCUGACGUCGAACACGCUCCCCCUCCUUCUCUCGCACGGCCUCGCGCCCGGCGCGCACCCGCUCCUCGCCCUCGCGCGGCUGCACCAGGCGCUCCUCAUCGACGCGCUCUCCGGCUCCGGCUCCGGCUCCGGCAGCCCGAGCGAGGCGCAGGAGAAGCUGGACGAGACGGUGCGCGUCGCCGCGCGGACGUGCGCCGGGCUCGAGGCGGUGCUGCGCGCGGGCCACCCCGUGCGCGCCGUCGCGCUCGCCGAGCUGGGCAAGCUGCUCGCCGCGGACGAGCCCCAGCCGCCCCCGUCGGCGGAGGACGCGUUCCCGCCGCACGGGCCGCCGCGCCUGCGCCUCGCGCACGGCACGCUCCUGCGCGCGCUGGAGGAGCUCCGGAUCGGGUUCGGGGGGCGGAACGCGGGGGGCGAGGUCGGGGGCGAGGUGAGGGAGUGGGUGGCCAGGCUGGAGAAGGAGAUGGGCGUGUGGAGGCGCGGCGUGCGCGAUGCGUUGGAGGACGUGCCCGCUCGCGCAUCGGGGUCCUAG